AGGAGGAGGCGCUGCUGCUCCCAUUCACUGCUCAUGCUGUCCACGGGUAGCAGCCACUUCUCUGUCACCUGGAAAGUACAUUUCCGUGCAUUUUCAUCACUUUUUGGAACAGAUCUGUGGAGCACUCUGACUGAGUCUUCUGGUCUUCUGCAGCAUGAAACUUCUGCUGUGGGGUUCUGGUCUGAAAGUGGGGCUUCUGGACUCGAUGGCUUGGACGUGAAUAUGCAUGAAUAAUAAGGGAGAUCAGCGAGCAGCAGCUGGAGGAGAUGCGCUCUCCAGAGGGACUCGCCUUGCUCCUCUUCAACGGGACGGUGUGCCUGUCAGUUCUUGGCCACCAGAAUGCCCAAGGCAGCUCAUCUCCUAUCCAGUCUGAGCCAGUGGACACCAGUGGAAUCCAGAAUGGAGCUGCUCCAUUGCCCAGGUGGAAGCGAUCCAUCAACACAAAGUCUUCCAGCAGCCUGCUCCUGGAGCUCAAUAGUCGCUUCAAAAAGGAGGAAAAGCAGGGGCAUUGGGAGUCCAAGGCCAAAGAUGCUCGACCUCAGUCAUCAUCUUGGGCAAAACGGUGGCCCCUUGUGAAGACCGACAAGUUCCAAAAGCUGUUCGGCUGGGGCGACUUCUACUCCAACAUCAAAACAGUGCGUCUGAACCUGCUCAUCACCGGGAAGAUCGUCGACCACAGCAAUGGAACAUUCAGCGUUUACUUCCGCCACAACUCUACAGGCCAGGGCAAUGUCUCUGUCAGCUUGGUGCCACCAGCAAAGACGGUUGAGUUUGACCUGGAACGCCAAAGUGUGGUCUACCCCAAAGACUCUAAGACUUUCACCUGCCGUGUAGACUACGAAAAGGUGGAGCGCAGCGAGCGCACCUUACUGUGCAGCUACGAUCCAUCAAAGACCUGCUUUCAGGGCCAGACACAAAGCUACAUCUCCUGGAUCUGCUCCAGACCCCUCAGGGUCAUCUGCAUCUACGUCUCCUUCUACAGCACAGACUACAGGCUGGUCCAGAAGGUCUGCCCGGACUACAAUUACCACAAUGCAGUGCCCUACCUGCCCUCAGGGUAGAUGAGCAUGCAGAUGUGGAGUGAAUUGUGUAUAUGGCAGUGAAAGGAACCUUUUAGGAGCACCAAAAUAGGUUAAACUGGACAUGGAGUUUUGAGAAUAGUCACAUGCUACAUGUAAGACGUACCAGGGUUUUUUAUUUUCCGCUCAUUGAAUGCAUUCAGAUUUCCCUUGAGCAGUGUUUCAAUGAUAUGAUCAAGUUACUUUUUUCCAUUUAUGCAUCUCAUUUCUUUACAUAUCUCUCAACAUGUCUUAACAUACUAUUAAGAAUUAUAUACACAUGCUAAAUAAUUGUUUGCUUACAGUCCUAUGCAAAAGUUUGAAUGGCGAACAUAAAAUAUAAUUUGACCCGAAGUAGUCAAACGUUUGCAUACAAUACAAUACAAACAGUUACGUAUAAAGUUAUUUGUGCUGUGUUUAUUUGCUCAAAAAACACUAACAUUAGAGUAAAUAUAAAUAAAUAAAUAAUCCAUACCUUGUUUUCUCUGCCUGAGUGAGAUAGCUGUACCAUUUUCGCAGCUGUCCUCAAGGAAGUCCAGUAUUUACUGUUACUGGCGUCCAGGAGUCAGAACGCAAACCUGUGUGUCUGUCCUCCAAAUGUAUUCUUCUGUACACUUUAACAACAUACUAAUAACCUCUUUAACAACAAAACAGUCUUGUUAUGUCCUACUCUAUUAAUGUCUGUUUGUAUUUAUUAAAACGUUAUACAGUUUUAAACAAUUUUCGCUGCAAGGACUUUUGCAAAGUGACAUUUUAGACAGUGUGUCGGCCCAUUUGUCAUGAAAUUUAUGAAUAGCAGCAGGCAUUUUCAUAUUAUAUACACAGUCAAGUCCAUUAGUGUUUGAACAGUGACACAACUGUUUCAAUUUUGCCUCUAUAGACCAUCACAAUGGAUUUGAAAUUAAGAAGUCAAGACUUUCCAUAUUCAUUUAAGGGGUUUCAUAAAAAUAUCGCAUUCACCCUUUAGGAAUUACAGCCAUUUUUACAUAGUUCCUCCAUAUUCAGAGGCUCCAAUGUAAUUGGACAAAAUAACAAUUAUAAAAACAAGGAUUAUUUUAAAUAUUUCAAUGCAAACCUUGAAAUGACAGCCUGAAGUCUGGAACUUAUGGACAUCACCAAAUGCUAAUUUUCCUUUACUGCAGCUGCUUAGUUGUGCAUCUUUCUGCCACCGGUUUUGUCUUCACUAAGUGAAAAGUAUGCUCAGUACUACGACACGCUGGCCUGUCAGUUUUGCAGCAGUUGACUGAUUCUGAGCAGAAACUAUAGAUACAUACACCUCAGAAUUCAUUGUGCUACUUCGAUCAUUAAACACCAGUGACGCAGUUCUAUUGGCAGCCAUACAUUCCCCUGCCAUAACAUUACCUCCACCAUGUUUCACAGAUGACGUGGUACGCUUUGGAUCAUGAACCUUUCCUUCUCUUCUCCAUAGUCUCCUCUUUCCAUCAUUCUGGUACAAGUUGAUCUUAGUUUCCUCAAUCCAAAGAACCUUGUUACUGAACUUUAGAUGUUUUCUAGCUGGUUUGCAUCUUGAGGUAAUUCCUCUGUAUUUACAUUCAUGAAGGCAUCACUUGAUUGUAGAUCAUUGUAGUCUAAAAUGUCCUUGGCUUGAGUAGAUGUUGGGAUCAGGUUUCUCUUCACUUGUCUUCUGGGGUCUUCUUGGCCUUUUCGAGCCUACUGAGCUCACAGUUUUUUCGUGAUUUAGCCAAUCUUAAAGUUUCUGCUAUGUUUGUUUUGUUUUUGUUUCAGCCUAAUGAUGACCCUCUUCAUUUGUAUUAACACCUCUUUGGACCACAUAUUGAGAGUUCACAUGAACAGCUACCAAAUGCAUAUUUAACACUCAGAUUCAACUCUUGAGUAUCUCCUUUUAUCUAGUAUAACCUUUUAUCUCCUUAAAUUUAUCAGGAAAUAAUGAGGGGACAGGCCACGCCUGGCCAUGAAACUGCUUAUCAGUCAACUGUCCAAUUACUUUUGAGUCUAUGAAAAAGGGACUAUGCUAAAAAUGGCUGUAAUUCCUAAAUGGUUAAUGCAGUGUUUUUGUUAAAUUCCUUGAAUUAAAUCUAAAAGUCUGCACUUCAAUCCCAUCUUGACUGAUUCAUUUCAAGUCCAUUAGGGUGGUAUAUAUCGCUGCUGUCGGAAACAAAACCUUGUACCUCCAAAAUGGUAAC